UGGUUGGAGAGCUUUUUGACAUGAGAAGCGACGUGAAAUGAGUGAGAGAGAUGAGUCAGUCUAUUACCCCAAAAGCAACAUCAUCGAUCUCCGAUCCAUACAUCCAUCGCCCUAAUUACUAACGAUCUCUGUCCGUAAGAGAGAGAGAGAAAUGGGAGGAAUAAUGAAGGGUGGGCAUGGGCAUGGGUAUAUGCAUGCAGCACACAGCAGCAGCAGCAGCAGCAGAGGGAGGUGGAAUGUGUAUGUUCUGAUGGGGAUGACAGUGUUGUUGGUAUUUGGGUGUGGAGUGGUGGGAUUGAUGGGCCUUCACAGCCUCAAGGACAGACGCCUUCUCACACUCUUGAUCAAAGAAAAAGAUGACCAAAUUCUCUCCAUUCAUCUUCUCUUGCAGAAAGAAAGAGAACAGGUGCAAGAAGUCAAGAGGAAAUGUGAGGAGAUGAAUAUGAAGAUUCACAGCCUUCGAGCUCAGAAAACGGAACUCAACGGCAGGUUAGUAGAGAUGCAAUCAACAGUAUCUUCCCUCAGAGAAGAGCAAAGGACCAUUGAGUUAGCCUAUCAGGAGAAGCAUAAUGAGGCCAAGUUCUUGAGGGAGAGAUAUAUAGACGCAAAGGAUCAAAAUCCUCAAGUUAAAGCUCUAACAGAGAUACUACAACGCAAGGAAGCUCGAAUCGAGGACUUGAACCCUCGUGUUGGUAUACCUGCUAAUGUCGGGUCAGUGAGCGCAGACGAAGCUACAAUCGUAUCCGGGAAUGGAACGACGAACAAUCAGAACCGAGACAAAAGAGAAGAUGUGCAUGUAACUGAGCAUGAUGAAGGAAAGGAUGUCGAAGCAGAUGAUGCCUCACGCUUUACAGAAAAGGAAAGCUCGAUGCAGAGUGAUGAAGAAAGUGGAAAUUCUGAGGAAAGAAGUGCUGAAAACGGAAGAACUGGUGUUGAUAAAAGUGACCAAAGUUCUGAAACGGCAAAGACUAAAAAUGAUCAAGAAGAAGAGAGCGAAGUGGAUUUGACUGGGAGCAAAGACCUAGCAACUGCGGGAGAUGCUGAUUCAAGAAGAACGUCGAAGUCUGACAUUAGCGACGUUGAUGAAGAGUUGGGCGUGCGUGAAGGUGGGGUGAAAUCGGAGUUGCAGGAAAACUCCCGUGGCCGACAAUUUACACUGAGAGGGAAGCACAGUGAGGCAGACAGAGUUCGCAAUGAGUCUGUUUUAAAGACCAACGUGAAAGAUUAUACGGAAGAAAACAACGGAGGAAACGGUGAAAAGAGUCGAUCAGGCAUCACGUUGCAGAACCGCAUAAAACCUGUAGGUGCUGAGCAUAUGAUCGGCGGAAAACUUGCAAAGUUCGACAUGUCUAAUCAAGUCGAGAGUGAACGAGAAGUCAUCACAGAGCAUUCGGAGAACAGAAACAAUGUGAAACAAGAAAAUAGUCCUGGAGGAAGAGAAGAUGAUGAAACGAAUGACGAUCGACAUGAUAAACAAAUCGAUCACGCUGAAACAGAGGUGCGAUUCGAAUCUGCACAACAGUCAGGAGAAGAUGGUGAAGCAGACAAAGAAGAAACAGAUGAAUCAGAUUUUUAGUUUAAGCAGUUCUGAAAUGGCUUUAGCAUACUACUGAUUAUGGCUUACUGACUUUUUACCUACUCUAAGUUUCAAGAUCGAACUUCUGAUGCAUCAUGCAUUGGCUAACCGAACAAUGAGCUGUUAACUUUAAUUAAUUAUGGCAACGGGUUGGAUUUGGAGAGGUUUGUGAUGUGGGACACUACAAGUUUGUGUUAUAAAUACUAACAAGUUUAAUUCGUAGGUUCAAACAGGA